AUGUCGGAGGAAACAGUGCCCAAGCCUGAGGUGGCGCCUGAGCAACUGAACAUCAAGGUGAAGGAUGCCGAGGGAAACGAGGUGUUCUUCAAGGUGAAGCGCACGACGAAACUCGCGAAGCUGAAGCGCGCAUAUGCUGAGCGUAUGGGCAAGCCCGAGAACAGCGUGCGAUUUAUUUUCGACGGCCAGCGCGUCGGCGACGACGACACGGCUGAAUCUCUGGAUAUGAAUGACCAGGACGAGAUCGACGCGAUGAUCGAGCAGCUGGGCGGCGCGCUUUGCUGCUAG